GUUAGACCCAUUUUCUCACGGGCGCCCUUACCGCCGCUCUCCGUCAAGGUUUUGCUUCAUUUUAUUUUCCACCGUGGAAACCAAACGAGACAACGGAACAAAGUAGUUCGCCGUUUUCCGUGCGGAAAAGACGUCCAGUUCCUUCAGGCUACAAGUAAGGCAUGGGCUGACGGAAAAGGACCAAUCACAUGACGUGAUGUUGGCCCGUAACUGCUUCCUCCUCCUGGUGGUGGCGAGUGGGACAGUACUGACCAUCGUCAGUUUCAGCCUCCAGUUCUUCAGUGAAAUCACUACGACUCCUGUUGUGGAGGAGAAACGUCUCCAGGCUGCAAAUGGAGCUGUCGGUGUGUCUCAAGUCAAGAGCAGAAAGCGAUUGUUUCCGGUGCCUCAAACUCAGAAGCCCAACCUCAUACGUGAAGCUUUUGGCUACUGCAACAUUCCAAAUCGCACUGAACAAGCAUGGGAAGGUCACAGUCCGGCAGACUAUACGCUGCUGUCUGUCCAGAUAAUGAUUCGCCAUGGGGACCGUUACCCUCUCUACUCUAUUCCCAAGACCAAGCGGCCAGCCAUCAACUGUACCCUGUCAAUUACCAGGAAUCCUUCGCACCCUCUGUUGAGCGCCUUCAUUAGACACAUGGGCCAAGGAGGCCGUGGGCACUGGGAGUCUUCUUUGGCUUCUGUCCCUCGCCUACCCAACCACAGCGCUUGCGAGAUGGGAGAGCUCACACAAACAGGUGUGGUGCAGCACUUACGUAACGGACAACUCCUCCACCAAGCCUACCAGCACCACCGCCUUGUCCCCUCCAACUGGUCACCUCGCCAGGUGUGGGUAGAAACUACAGGCAAGAGCCGCACUCUUCAGAGCGCACUUGCCUUCCUCUACGGCUUCAUCCCAGAAUUCGACUGGAAGAAACUGACCGUGCGUCACCAGUGGAGCACUCUGUUCUGCGGCUCCGCCUGCGACUGCCCCGCCAGGAGCCGAUACCUGGAGGAGGAGCAGAGAAGGCAGUAUCGUCUCCGGGUGGCCGAUGCAGAACUCGACAGAACCUACGCCGACAUGGCACGCGCUUUGGGUAUUCCCACACGCAAUCUCAGAGCCGCAAACCCGAUAGACCCCCUGCUGUGCCACCUGUGCCACAACCUUCCUUUCCCAUGCGCGUCCGUGGAAGACGGUAGCGCAGGCGGGUGUCUAACAACAACUCAGUUCGCCGUGAUUCGACGGCAACAGCUGGAUGACGAGGUGGAUCGGAGAAGAGCGGGACUCUAUCGUAAGUACGCCAUCCUGGCUAUGUACCCCUACCUCAACAAAACCGCCGCCAAAAUGGAGCGCCUUGCCAAGGCAGGUAAACAAGCGGCGAAAGCGGGAGGAGACGACGUGUUCACCCUCUCCUCCGCCCACGACGUGACCAUGGCGCCUUUGCUGAGCGCCCUCGGUCUGGAGGAAGCCAGGUUCCCGCCAUUUGCCGCAAGACUGGUGUUUGAAUUGUGGAAGAGCCCCUUAGGGACUCAGGCAGAGAAGAAGAGAGUUCUCAGAGGUGAGAAGCUAAAAGUAAGAAACGGAGGAUAUUUCAUCAGGUUGCUGUACAAUGGAGAGGAUGUGACUUUCCACACCGCUUUCUGCAGCUCCAUAGUCCGCCGCGCCAGCCAGCCACUCUGUCCUCUGAAGAACUUCCUGUCUUUCGUCAGGAAAGACGUGUUCGUUGUUGUCAAUGCUACGUCCUACCAGGAGGCCUGCUUUAGGCACUGAAAGAUAGCCUGUCUUUACACUUUCGUUUUGUUGUCUGCUAGUGUGGUGUCAUAUGAAUACAGUGCUACCUUGGUUCUCGUACGCCCCCGUUUUGACAAAAUGGUAAAUGGGGUAUACUUGUAUAGCGCUUUUCUACCUUCAAGGUACUCAAAAGCGCUUUGACACUAUUUCCACAUUCACCCAUUCACUCACACAUUCACGCACUGAUGGCGGGAGCUGCCAUGCAAGGCCCUAACCACGACCCAUCAGGAGCAAGGGUGAAGUAUCUUGCUCAAGGACACAACAGACAUGACGAGGUUGGCUGAAGGUGGGUAUCGAACCAGGAACCUUCAGGUUGCUGGCACGGCCAUUUUCCCAACACCGCCACGCCGUCCCCCUAAGUACCCAAACAAAGAAUCUUACGCGUCUGUGACUCGGUCUGUGUACGUUUUUACAAGUACGACAGCAAAAUAAGCUACAGUGGGUCAUAAAAAAGGUUGCAAAUAGCAGCACUUUGAUAAAAAAAAAAGUUAGAAACAUGGAGUGGAAGAAAAAACAUGUAGUGUCAUCCCUUCCUCUCAAUUCAAUGAAGGUAAAAAAUGAUGUACAGUCAUGGUCAAAAGUUUACAUACACUUGUUAAGAACAUAAUGUCAUAGCUGUCUUGAGUUUCCAAUAAUUUCUACAACUCUUAUUUUUUUGUGAUAGAGUGAUUGGAGCACAUACUUGUUGGUCACAAAAAACAUUCAUGAAGUUUGGUUCUUUUAUGAAUUUAUUAUGGGUCUGCUGACCAAAUCUGCCAGGUCAAAAGUAUACAUACAGCAAUGUUAAUAUUUGGUUACAUGUCCCUUGGCAAGUUUCAUUGCAAUAAGGCGCUUUUGGUAGCCAUCCACAAGUUUUUGACCUUUCCUCUUGACCAAAUUGGUGCAGUUCAGCUAAAUUUGUUUGGUUUUCUGACAUGGACUUUGUUUCUUCAGCAUUGUCCACACGUUUAAGUCAGGACUUUGGGAAGGCCAUUCUAAAACCUUAAUUCUAGCCUGAUUAGUGCUGAAGAAUUUGGAGGUAAUCCUCCUUUUUCAUUGUCCCACUUAAAGCACCAGUUCCAUUGGCAGCAAAACAGGCCCAGAGCAUAACACUACCACCACCAUGCUUGACGGUAGGAGUGGUGUCCCUGGGAUUAAAGGCCUCACCUUUUCUCCUCCAAACAUUGUUGGGUAUUGUGGCCAAACAGCUCAAUUUGUGUUUCAUCUGAUAUCACAUGGACAAAGAUAAGACCUUCUGGAGGAAAGUUCUGUGGUCAGAUGAAAAAAAAAAAAAAAAAAAAAAUAUAUAUAUAUAUUAUUAUAUUAUAGAACUGAUAAUGUUUUUUUAAGUGACCAAAGUGACACACUUUUAUAAAACUCAUACUCAAUUUAUAAUUUUAUAGUAUUAUCAUAAAUCUGAUGUAUUGAAUUUUUGGUAUUGAAUGCUACAUACGAUAUUUUUAAACAAAAUAAAGUGGCUAGUGCACAAUAACCAAACAAAAACAACAACUACUAUUGGCUUAUCCAGAGACUUACUCCCAGACUUUGUAAACAGUAACAAAACCGAUCAAAAAAACAUAAAAUAAAAAAAAGAUUUAGAAAUAAUACAAAUAAUAAAAAGAAAAAAAUCAAUCUAAUUACUUUAGUAUGUUUUAUAUACUGAUACUAUACUAGGUAUCGGUGGUAUUUACAUCUGAAUCAAUCACCUCUGCUGCACAUUGAAGCUUUAGCAGUUAGCUUCUUGUGUUGUCCUGCUUGGUGUGUGUUUGUAUCAUGCUUAGCCAUUCCUUUUUCAAAAGUCCUCCAGUGAUAAUGGUACGUGGAAGAAAAUGUGUUUAUUUUCUGCCAUAGUAGUGAGGAUUAAUGUCUUGUGGACAGGCGACGCGUCCGUUGCAGCUUGCUUUCAAAUUCAGCAAGUGUCCUGGAUAGGCAGGCGCAGGCACCCCCUGGAAUUAACAUUUAACAUCUAACCUCUUGCAUGAUCGGGAUUGAAAACUAUAAUUCUCUAUCAAAUGUUCACAUUAUUUCUUACAGGUAAAAUUGAUUGGUACCAUUUAAAACCUUUUGGAACAGAUUCCUAACUGAAACCGAGGUACCACUGUAUGUAUUUCCACUCAGAUAUCUAGUGGUAAACGCUUCAAACAUGUCAAUGGGUAUAUUGUUUACAAUCAAUUCACUAACAACUCUACUUUGUUUUUACUUGUGACAUUGUUAUGGAGCUGCAGGUGUUAUUACCAAGAAGGUUGAGUUUCUUAAAUACAGUAAUAUGCAUUACA